AUGUACAAAAUCCACCUCCCGGCGAUCCACGGUCGCUUGUGCAUCAGAUCCUCCGAGGGGUGGCUGAUCACCGUCGACGAGCAGUCAGAGCUGCACGCUCUCAAUUUGUUCACCAGGGCAUCCUUGGCCCUCCCAUCCGUCGCCACAUUCUUCGAUGUCGCCGGUGUCGUCCGUGACUCCGACGACCGCAUCACCGACUAUGUCAUCGGCUAUGAUAACCUGGGGGAGGUGCCGCAUGAAGUGGAGCACAUGCGCGUGUACUACUAUUUGAAGGCAAUCCUCGAUCCCUCCUCUACAGCCGUGGCGGUCAUCCAUGGAGAAUUCAACGAUCUGUCAUUCGCGCACGCUGGGGACGAGUCAUGGACUGCGCUCCAACCACCACUUCCGCAGAUCUUCUGUGACAUCAUCUUUCGCAAGGGGCUGCUCCACGCUAUGGCCAUCAGCGGGGCACUCCAGGGCUGUUGCUUCAAUCAAAAGUACCUGGUGGGGUCACCGGACUGUAAGGAUCUGUUCCAGGUGUGGAGGGACUCGCGGUGGUUACCGAUGGACGGGAAUGGCUGGAGGGAGUCCAUCCUUCCCGGUGAUGCGAGGAUGACUGUAGCAUUCACCAUCUUCAAGCUCGACGAGAGAAGGAACGAGUGGUCCGAGGUCAAAGACCUGGGUGAUCUCGCCCUGUUCCUCGGGCAUAACCACUCGAUGGCACUGUCCACAUGCAAAUUCCCCGAGCUUACGAGCAGCAGCAUCUAUUUCACCGGUGGCUACAGAGAUGGGUACGAAAUGGAUCAGCGAGUCAUCCGUGAUAUCGGAGUGUUCAAUUUGACAGAUGAAAGUUUCCAGCCCUAUGAUUUUCACUCGAUCGAUUCUGAGUGGAAUUGGCCGCCACAGAUCUGGUUCACGCCUGCUCCUUUCUCAAGCAAGCCAUGA